AUGGCGUCCCCCUUCCUCGCUACCAGACGGGUUUUCGCCUCGGCUGUCCCUCGUGGUCAGCUCUCGCUCCUCUCUUCCCUCUCCUCGCUGAGAUCCCGCGCCCUCCCACAUGGAGGGUCUCUCGCGUGCUUUCCCCCCGCGUCGCCUCUCUCGGCCGCUCCACUUUUCUCUUCUCGGCGCGCCUUCAGCAGUGCCGCGGAGGAGUCCGGAGCGAGUCAGACGCUGGAGGGGCGAUAUGCGUCUGCUCUGUUCCGCGUGGCCAAGAGGAAGAACCAGUUGGAGAAGGUGUACGCAGAUCUAGAGAGCGUGCGAAACGCGCUGAAGGACAGCGGCGAAUUUCGUCUCUUUGUUGAUAGUCCUGCGGUGUCUGUACAGCAGAAGUUGGACGUCCUGCAGCAGCUCGUUAACCGAUAUAAAUUCGACGCCCUCACUGGAAAUCUCCUCACGACUCUCGUUGAGAACAAACGACUCCCCAUACUCGCUCGGGUGGCUGACGCGUUUGACGCAAUGUACAGAAAAGAAAAGGGAGAAGUCAAAUGCCUCGUCACCAGCGCCAAGCCCUUGUCAGCGCAGCAGCAGAAGGAGAUCGUCGCGGCGUUACAAAAGAGAGCAGGAAGCCAGGCGCGUCUCAUCGUCGACUACGCAGUCAGCCCGCAGAUUAUGGGAGGUCUGGUUGUGCGCUUGGGCGAGCAGGUUCUCGACUUUAGCGUCGUUUCGCGCCUGGAUCGGUUGCAGUCGCAGCUGCUGGCUCCACUCUAA